CUCAUUCCCAAGGGCACUGCAUCCACAGGUGCCACUGUGGAGCUUUGUCUGUUACUCUUAUUUUUAAUCUAUCGCCAUCUACCAGCUGUACCUCUUCACGUCUCCCUGGCGCUCCCACAGCCUUUAUGUCCCGCUUUUUCACCUUACCCAUAACCUGUACCAUUUAAACUGUCCUGCUGCUUUUUAACACCCCGGGUUUCUUCUGUUUACACAUCCACAGACCAGUGCUUCCAUUUCUUUAUUCAUACUAUUGGCCGGCAGCUGUGUCUUUCUUUCUUUGUAGUUAUCGCUCUGCCAGUACAUUUAUCUGUGUUGUUAUUUCUGGUACUAUCAUCCCCCCCACCGACCCCCACCCAUUUCUCCGCCUGUCUGAGCUGGAGACAUUUCCAGGGGAUUCCUGUAACUAAGGAACUGCCACCCAGCUUGCAAACAACUCCAUGACGUCACAUCACAAUGCACUUUUCUUUAAAGAGCAUCUGCGUCUCUAUCUAUCACGGUGGAGCACUAUAAGGAGCAGCUGUCGCGCAGCCCCUGGGACUGACAGGUCCAUGUGUGGGGAGAUGGAGGUUGCACUUGUCAAUUUCGACAACUCGGACCAAGUGGUAUCAGAUCCUCGCUAUGCAAAUAACCUCACCUCUGAUCGUCAGCAGCAGCACCAGCAAAUGAGUGGACGCCCCACUUGUGCCAGCCUGCUCACCAACUGGAAACUUCUAGUAAAUAAUGAGAACUCCAACAACGAAACAGUCUUCUCUAGGUUCACCAAGGAGUGCAAUGACUCUUUCGGAAUGGACCCGCUGGGCAUUGAAGAGGGGGAUCAGCGGGUGAUCAUUAAUAUAGCUGGACUGAGGUUCGAGACGCAACUCAAGACCCUGAAUGAGUUCCCCGACACCUUGCUCGGUGAUCCUCAGAAGCGAAUGCAAUACUUUGACUCUAUGAGGAAUGAGUACUUUUUUGACAGAAACAGACCCAGUUUUGAUGGAAUAUUAUAUUACUACCAAUCGGGGGGGAAAAUUCGACGGCCGGCGAAUGUGCCUAUUGAUGUCUUUGCGGACGAGAUUUUGUUUUAUGAACUGGGCAGUGACGCAAUGGAACAGUUUCGAGAAGAUGAAGGUUUUAUCAAAGACCCGGAGAUCCCUUUGCCCACCCACGAUAUCCAGAGACAGUUCUGGCUUCUCUUCGAGUACCCCGAAAGUUCCAGUGCGGCCAGGGCUGUAGCCUUAGUGUCUGUAUUUGUUAUUGUGGUUUCUAUUAUUAUUUUUUGCCUUGAAACUCUUCCGGAAUUUAGAGAAGAGCGUGAGUUUCUGCCCAUAGAAACCACUGGAAACGCCACCCAGGAAGCUGGUGGCCCCAGCACCUUCACGGACCCAUUUUUCGUCAUCGAGACUGCUUGCAUAGUCUGGUUUUUCUUUGAGCUGAUGAUCAGGUUCUUUGUGUGCCCCAGCAAGCAGGAGUUUUUCAGGAAUAUUAUGAACAUCAUAGACAUUGUGUCCAUCAUCCCUUACUUCGUCACCCUCAUCACAGAACUUAUCAAACAGCAGGCGCCCAACGGGCAGCAGACUAUGUCCCUGGCCAUACUAAGGAUCAUCAGGCUGGUCCGGGUGUUCAGAAUCUUUAAACUUUCUAGGCAUUCGAAGGGGCUUCAAAUUUUAGGACAGACUCUCAAAGCCAGUAUGAGAGAACUGGGAUUGCUGAUUUUUUUUCUCUUUAUCGGUGUUAUUCUCUUUUCCAGUGCUGUGUACUUUGCUGAGGUGGAUGAACCCAAGUCUCAGUUCACCAGCAUCCCCGAUGGCUUCUGGUGGGCGGUUGUGACAAUGACUACAGUGGGCUAUGGGGACAUGUGCCCUAUCACUUUGGGGGGCAAAAUGGUGGGCACUCUCUGUGCCAUAGCUGGGGUGCUAACCAUUGCCCUUCCAGUUCCAGUCAUAGUGUCAAACUUUAAUUACUUUUAUCACAGAGAAACGGAGCAGGAGGAAAGGCAAGUCCUGCCGGAAGACUUGGAGAAGGGGAAUGACGGAGGGGUUGCCAAAAGUGGCAGUACGUUAUCUCUGAACAAACUGAAUGGAGCCUGUAACCACAAACCCAAAAAUGGCAAAACAUGAUGCUCCUUCGAGGAAGCAAAUUUCACCUACUGCCUUUGCUAUGACAAUCGGAUCAGUACCCGUAUCAUUUUAGAUGGUCCUUCGUCUUGGGUUACAUCUUUUUUCCAGCAACCAGACUCCCCCAUCAUCGGUCUCUUUACAAAAAGUUUAUGCACAAUGAAUUAACCAUCUAUGUUUAUAUAUCUUUCUCAACUGGGGAAACUUUGAUGAUACAGCAGGUCUGCAUUUGCAGAUACAAAUAUGUAGCGAUUCUAGCGUAUAACUAUUUCAUCUAGCAGAUACUAAAGAUUCAAAGUAUUUCUUGGACAAGCCAUUUCUUUCCCUAAAUGACGAUGACCGUUUUUUUAUCUUUUGGGCUACUGAACAAACCUCACACCAGUGUGCCUAAGGCAUAGUUAAUCCAGAUCACUGGCUGUGUGGUUAUUUAGGUAUUAAUAUUAAGAAUUCACCGAAUAUGUUGUAUUUGCACUUCAACACAGCACAUACGUGCUCUUGGAACCUUUAGAUGAGCAGGCUUGUCUUAAACCAUUUCAACGUGCAUUUAUGUGGUCUGCUGUGUAAAGCAGUAUAUGUAAGGAUUGCACUGUAGCACCAUCGGUAUUUAAAUAGAGCUCUAGUUACAAUGACUCACCAAAGUAUGAAGAACCUCUUUUCAGUUCAAGUGUUGUACUAUGUAAGUGAUGAGGUAUUGUUUACAGACCAUUCAAAGAUGCUGUUUCCAAUGGUGCCUAAAAGCACUCAGAUGUCUUAAUGUAAAUGUUUAUGUUUUCAUAAGAGAAUAAAAUUAUUUUAAGUUAUUUUCAAUUCUCAGUUAAAAAACACACACACAGUUAUUUAAAAGCAGUCUUUGAUAUCUGUGUAUUAAGUGAUUGGUAGUUGCUCUCAAGAGUCUGUGGUAGAAGUUAGGGGUUGGGGUGGGGAGUGUUCUGUAGCAGUGUCAUGUACUAACAUGCAAUAGGAUUGCUUUUAAAAGUAUAAAGCAAUAAUCCAACUAUGCUUAGAAAUGUAGUAGCCCCAGUUACCCCAAAGUAGGUUAUUUAUAUGUGCUAGUAUCCUGAAGAAUGUGAACACUGGACCUCAUUUUUUUUUUGGAAAAUAACUUGACAGUCAUACAUUUCAAGUAAUGUUUUGGUAUACUGUAUUUCUGCCGCUGUAAGACUUAAACGUGUUCUUUUUUUCUCUUACCCAUUAAAAGCAGCAUUUAUCAUUUUAGUAAUAAAAUAUUCAUUUUAAUAAGGA